AUGUCGUCGCUAUCCAUCACAUUGCCGAACGGACAGCAAUAUGAGCAGCCGCUCGGCCUCUUCAUCAAUGGUGAAUUCGUGGAGGGCAAUGGAGAUAAAUUCGAAGUUCUUGACCCGUCACUGGACAAGCCGAUUUUAACGCUCACCGGUGCAUCUCUUGAGGAUGUCAACAAGGCUGUUGAAGCUGCUCGCGAAGCAUUUGAGAUUGGUCCGUGGUCCAACUUUACUCCCAAAGAGCGUUCGACAAUUCUCUUCAAGCUUGCGGGAAUUCUGGACCGCGAGAGAAAACUGUUGGCGGCGAUUGACGCUUACGACCUUGGGAAACCUUAUGAAGCCGCACUCGCAGGCGACUUGGAUGAGACUGUGAAUGUUUUCGAAUACUACGCCGGCUGGGCAGACAAGAUUGAUGGCAAGUCAAUCGAUACUUCUCCUGACAAGCUAGCAUACACCGUGCAGGAGCCAUUGGGCGUUUGUGCACAGAUCAUACCUUGGAAUUUCCCAAUCAUGAUGCUGGCUUGGAAAGUAGCUCCCGCUCUCGCAUGCGGCAAUGUUGUUGUUCUCAAACCGGCCGAGCAGACUCCUCUAUCGGCCCUCUACUUCUGCAAACUUGUUAAAGAAGCUGGGUUUCCCCCAGGUGUCGUGAAUAUCAUUCCAGGCCUCGGAACUGUCACUGGGAAAGCACUCGCUGAGCACAUGGACGUCGAUAAGAUCGCUUUCACGGGAUCCACGGCUACUGGAAAGUCAAUCAUGCGAUCUGCCGCUGCCAAUCUGAAGAAUGUAACACUCGAAUGUGGUGGAAAAUCUCCACUGAUUGUAUUCGAAGAUGCCGAGCUUCAGAAUGCCGUUCAAUGGGCCCAUGGAGGAAUCAUGGAUAACUCGGGCCAGGUAUGCACAUCUACCUCAAGAAUCUAUGUGCAUGAGAAGAUUUAUGAUGAGUUCCUCAAAGCGUUUGUCUCCUUCACCGAACAGAAUUCAAAGGUUGGAGCACCAUUUGAAGACGGUGUCAACCAUGGACCGCAAGUUUCGAAAGCUCAGUACGAUAAAGUCCUUCAAUACCUGGAGAAGGGUAGAUCAGAAGGAGCCAAGGCGAUAACUGGCGGAGCCAAGGUCGACCGGAGCGGAUACUUCGUUCAGCCAACCGUUUUCGUUGACGCAAAUGAGGACUCCACGAUCAUCCGAGACGAGAUCUUUGGACCCGUAKUGACCAUCAGCAAGUUUUCUAGCGAUGCUGAAGCCAUCGCGAAAGCCAAUGACACUGCAUACGGCCUGGCGGCCGCCCUUUUCACGGAGAAGAUCUCUCGGGCGCACAAAGUCGCGCGGAAAUUAAAGGCUGGUAUGGUGUGGAUUAAUUCCAGCGGAGAUUCACACUAUGGCAUUCCGUUUGGUGGAUACAAGUCAUCUGGAAUUGGACGUGAACWUGGUUCAUACGCACUCGAUGCUUAUACGCAGACGAAGGCGAUUCAUGUCAAUCUUGCAGUGUGA